CUGGGAUUCCCUCCCCCUAACAUGUGACCCGCGCCCAUCCUGAGCCAGCCCCAGGGCCUUACCCCCACCCGUGCGCCCCCAGCCCUCUGCAGGAUCCCCCGCGGCCCCGAGAUUCGGGCGUCUCUGGCCGAGGAUGUUCCGCCGAGAGCGCUCCAUCCCGCUUCGCGGCUCGGCCGCCGCACUGUGCAACAACCUCAGUGUGCUGCUGCAGCAGCCCGGCCGCAACCUCACGCAUUUCGGGGUGGUCCAUGGACCCAGCGCCCAGCUUCUCAGCGUCGUCAGCGACGGUGUGCCCUUGGCCCAGCGCCAGCUGCACGCUAAAGAGAGAGCCGGGGUGAGCCCCCCACUGAUCACCCAGGUCAGCUGGUGUGUCCUCCCCUUCCGAAUAUUGCUGGUUCUCACCUCGCACCGAGGAAUACAGAUGUACGAGUCUGAUGGCUCGGUCAUGGUCUUUUGGCACGCACUGCACCCAGAAGACAGCACGUCAGGACAAGCUGUGUUUGCCCGCGGAACUGCUGCCACCAGCCACUUCAUCUGCGUGGGAACGUGGUCGGGCCGGAUACUGGUGUUUGACAUCCCACCCAAGGGCCCCAACAUUGUCCUGAGCGAAGAGCUGGAUGGACACCAGACUCCAGUCACAGACAUUGCCACAGAGCCCGCUGAAGGACAGGACUGCAUGGCGGACAUGGUGACGGCAGAUGACUCGGGCUCGCUGUGUGUCUGGCGCUCAGGAACCGAAUUCAAGUUAAUGACCCGAAUCCCAGGGUUUGGGGUCCCGUGUGCCUCGGUCCAGCUGUGGCAGGGGACCAUCGCAGCUGGCUAUGGGAACGGGCAGGUGCGUCUGUACGACUCCAGCACGGGCGCGCUGCACGCCCAGAUUGACGCCCACGCUCGCGCCAUCUGUGCCCUGGACAUGGCUCCCGAGGCGGGCAAGCUGCUGUCCGCAGCCGAGGACACCUUUGUGCACAUCUGGAAGCUGGGCAGAAACCCGGAGAACGGCUCCAUUGAGGUGGAGCACUGCUACGGGGAGUGCAUCCCGGACACCCAGUUGUGUGGGGCCCGGUUCUGUGACCCCUUGGGCAGCUCCUUUGCUGUCACUGGCUAUGACGUCACGGAGAUCCUGAGAUUUCACCUCGUGUGAGAGAAAAGCCACCCCCUCUUUCUCCCUGUGCUAUUUAUAUAAAGCUCCCCCCAAACCC